AUGCUUGCCCAGACUGUGGGCACCUCUGCUGCUUCCAAUACUGUUGCAAGAUCGGCGAGGACCCUUCGGGUGAGCAAGGAUGCUGGGGAAGAAUGGAUUCAUGAUGAAUUAAGUCCUGAUGAACUCGACACGCUCAUUAAUGAAGCAUAUGGCCAGCCUGUACUGGAGGAGCACGUUGGCGAAAAGGAAGAUGAUGGAAAGAAGAAAUACGGCUUAUCAACUCCGUCCUCUAUUCGGGAACCCGCAGCCAGCGAAGGACUUGCCUGCUUCAUCUUCGAAGACGAUGUGCUCCAUAAUCUAUGGAUCGAGGCUGCCAGAAAAACUUCCUCAAAAGAUUUGCUGGUCUCAUUUGCCACGGAGCUAAAUUCACGUCUGGGGAAGGGAAAGUCCCAGCAACCACUUUUCGAGGACUCAAACGGUCUCGAUGUCGAGGAAGAGAAUCAUGGACUCAUGGGCCCAGAUAGCUUCCAGGCCUUCGUCGAAAGAUCGCGCGCUUUCCAAACGUUCAGGAUGAAUGUGGAGAAAUUCGUCAGGCCAAUUCCAACUCAACCUGCAAGUCGCCUACAAAAAUGCAAGGACAUUUUGUAUGCUUUAUCAGAAGGAUUGGUAAAUCCAAUGUGCGCAAUUUUCAAGUACCUGGGUAAAUAUUGGAAUCGCUUGAUCAAGGGUCCGCCAGUGGAGGAGGGAUUCACGCGAAUAAUGUGGACUUGUUCAUGUGGUACAACACUGUAUGAUGACUACGAUAGGACAGAAAGCAGUGCCGCAGAAGAGUUUCACCAGCUAUUGCAGCGUCAAUCUCGACGUAAAAGUGCCCCACUAAACCAUCACCUUGUAUUUCGUCAAUUAGCUCAGUUCAUCGGUCGGCUCUGCAACAGCAUCGCGGCUGCUAUUCUCAUAUUGCCAACUUACUGUUUCAAUCUGUACAGGAAAGUUUUUCACAGAACACCGAAUCUUCCAACGCAUGAGUUGGAGGCGCAGCAACCACCAUCUCAGGCAACAUCACAACGACCAGCGCCACCUGAACAGCUCUACCUCCUCUUAUGUAUCGAUGAUGGCAGUCGGUCGUCUGUAAUACGGGCAUACCAGCCUGCUGUACACGAUAUAGAUUCCGACAAUGCCUUCUUUAACAUGCUUCAUCGAUAUCACGCCUCUACCAAGAAGCGAUGGUGGUCCUGGCUGUCCAUGCGCGAGAUUAAAGAUAUCUACUUUGUAUCUUUUGAUCUGUACGAGAGAUCUAUUGUCGACAUCAAAGAGAUCAAUGCGAUGCCGACAGCUGAGUACAACACUGCCUAUCGUUACGAGAGCACUAAUGUCAAACCACCAAUUGGAUCGAGGACCUUGAAGCAUUUCUUGCGCUAUCCGGAACAUGCUUCUGCUGAACUUGCGCCAUGUCUUCAAAAAGUACCGAAGAAACUCAAUGAUCGGCUGAUUCCUUGCCCUACCCAAGGUGUGUCUCCUGGCUGGGGCUUACACUUCGAAGAUGGAUGGAGUUGGAAGAAGAUUUUGACGAUCAUAUGUUCUCUGUUCUUACUCGCAAGUAUUUUGGAGGGUGCUUUGUACUCGAGGCUUCAACAUAAUGUUCAAGACGCUAUGGCGCUUGGGGCAUUCAUGCUGGCUUGCUUCAGCAUUGUUAUUGCAACUUUACAAGCUUGGUUGAUGAUUGCAUGA